AUGAGCUCUGGUCUAGUCCCGCGGGACGGGACAGGCGAGGAGCAGCACCCCAUGCUCGGGGUCAGAUCGUUUUCAGACACUGAUGUGGAGGACCGAUUGCUAUCCGACGCAGCCGGAUUCAGUGAGAAGGACAACUACAAACGCUAUGCGGGCCACAAGAAAACCUUCAGGUGGAUUAUGGUCCUCACUUGCAUUUCCAUUCUGACACUCAUUCCCUUCAUUUUUGCUCAAUUCUUCAACGUACAAUCCAAGGCGCAGCCAUCGGAGCCUUCUCACGAUGAAGCAAGCGAACAGCAGCAAGAAAGUCCGCCAGCGCCGCCGCCAGCGCCUGAGCCAGUUCCGGAAUUGACAACGUCAAUUACGCCUACAACCACCUUGUCCUUGGCCCCUACGCAGACACCGUCGGUCAAGUUGACGCCGGAACAGGAAUUCAACCUAAAGACUGGAUUCGCUAUUUCUAAUAUGACUUCACUGCGGGAGUAUGUGUUCAACAUCACUCGCGCACAGCACUCGCCUGAUGGGUUUGAGAAGUCGAUGAUCAAAGUGAACGGCCAAUCCCCUGGACCCCUCAUUGAAGCAAAUACCGGUGACACGAUCCGCGUCACGGUUCACAACCACAUGUUGGAGGAGAGCACAACGAUUCACUGGCACGGCAUCGAUCAGAGAAAUUCCGUGUGGAUGGACGGUGUUCAGGGAAUUACUCAAUGCGCCAUUCCUCCGGGGGAAAGUUUCACUUACGAGUUCAACGUCACCGACCAACGAGGGACGUUUUGGUGGCACGCUCACGUUUCGGUUCAAGUCACGGAUGGACUCUUUGGACCUCUGAUUAUCCAUGACCCUGAUGAACAAAUACCACAUAUAGAUGACGAUAAGAUUCUUAUGGUUGGAGACCUAUUCCACGAAUAUGCAGACACUCUCCUUUCUCAGUACCUGAGCGCCACUCCACCGUGGGCUCCCAAGAAACCGGGUAGAGAGCCUCCACCGGACAACGUUAUCAUCAAUGGCAUGAACACCUUCAACUGUUCUAGUGUGGCAUCCCACAACGCAGGCGACGGAAAGUCUAGCGAAGAGCACAGUGGCCAUCACAUGGGAGACCACAACUCGGCAAGAGAUUCCAAGUGUACCGGGGGCUCUCUCUUCAAUACGCGCAUCAAGAGCGGAUCGAAGGCUCGAUUGCGUCUUAUUAACCAUGGCACAUCGACCCCGAUAGUUGUGACUGUCGACAACCAUACUCUUGAGAUUAUCGAGAUUGACGGGGUCGAAGUGGCCCCGAUCGCGACCACACGCGUUUAUAUGAACCCUGGCCAGCGUUACUCUGUCAUCGUCAACGCUAACCAGACCGCUGGAAACUACCUGAUCCGUGCAGACGCAGCCAUCCGAUGCUUUCACAUGUCUCACAAGACCAACGAAGCCAUGUCGGGGAUGCAUGGUAAGCCCUUUGGUGCUACCGCCAUCCUAUCAUACGAUGAGACGGAUGUCGGCGUCGCGCCCAUUGGAAAGGCAUGGGACCUGGAAAGCAAGUCGAACCUGCAAAUCGGCAAGGAGCCAUGGGGGAAGAGAUGCGAGGAUCUGCCGUUCGACCUUCCAAAGCCGAUGAGAAACAGGCCUGCGUACGAUGUUGGGGAGAGGAACCAUCACUACUUUACGUUUAGACAAGACCGCGUAGGGGACGUCGUUCGCACUCAUGUGAACAAGACUCUAUACACCCCACUCAAGGACGACGCAUCGCUUUGGAAAGUUUUGCAGCAGGAUAUCACACCGGAGAACCUAAACUCGCCGGAGCCGAAGUUGGAUUUUGGACAGGACCAGUUCGUUUUGGUUUCCCAGGACAACAAGGCUGCGCAAAUUGUGGUGAAUUCUGACGCUAUGAUGGUUCACCCUUGGCACUUGCAUGGUCAAAACUUCCAAGUCAUCGGAUGGGGCAAGGGUUUGUUCGGGGCCACUAAGACGACCUGGAACUUUGACAACCCAAUGCGUCGUGACACGAUCACAAUACCUGGCUUUUCGCAUAUUGUGAUUCGCAUUCUUGCAGACAACCCUGGGGUCUGGGCUUUCCACUGUCACUAUCUCUGGCACGCCGAAGCUGGCAUGUUUGUCUCGAUUGCUCAGCGUAUGGGCGAGCUCUCUAAUCUGCUGGGCACACUGGAUGCCAAUGGUGAUAUUGGAGCCAUCAAGAAGAAGUUUUGCCCUACGCAGAACGCACAAGCCGCUCCCGCUGUGCCACAUUAG